AUGAUCUGGAAUGCCGUCAUCUUCGGACCUGCCGACACCCCGUUCGAAGACGGCACAUUCAAGCUCGUCCUUACCUUUGACGAAUCGUAUCCCAACAAACCACCUACAGUCAAGUUCCUCUCCAAGAUGUUCCACCCUAACGUCUACGCCAACGGAGAGCUGUGUCUGGACAUCCUGCAGAACAGAUGGAGUCCGACGUACGACGUAGCGGCGAUCUUGACGAGCAUUCAGAGUUUGCUGCACGAUCCCAAUCCGAAUUCUCCGGCGAACGCCGAGGCGGCGAGCUUGUACAGGGAGAAUAUGAAGGAGUACGUGAGGAGGGUAAAGGCGACCGUAGAGGCGAGCUGGUUGGACGAUGGUGAGGGGGACGCCAUUCAGGAGGAAGACGAGGAGGAAGAGGUUCAGCAAGGGCAGCCGGUUUCGACAUAG